CGCGACCCCAACUAACGGUCAGCUUUCAGUCUACUUCCGGACGAGCGAGCCGAGUGAUCGUGUGUGCGCGUCGCAGCAGUUCAACCGCCAUUUUCAACCUCCUACCGCCGUACGAAGUCUCUUGCCUUCCCAUAAUCCUGUCACAAACGAUCUCCCCGGCCGUUACCAAGGUUUUCGAGGAGAAACCCUUCGCGUGACAGACAGAAUGUAAAUUAUCCCGCUGGAGGCAAGGUUUUUGUUUUUGUGUUUGUGUGGAAAACCAGUGAAAACUCAAGGUGGGAACAAGUGUACAUGGUCGUAACAGUUGAAAAAUAAUCGUUAAAACUAGCGUAAACGAUCACAGGAGAGUUCAAGUGAAGAAAGUGUGUGUGUGUGCGGAAGGAAAUUAGUGUGAUUAACGAAGAGGCUUACGCUUAGGUAAGAUUCCUGCAAACGAAUAAAAUACUUGCGGUGGUUAUAAAGUUUUACGGCCCCAAAGCCUUACAAACCGCCGAAACGCGUGUGCGUCGUGUGUGUUUCUGUGCGUGAAGUGUAAGAUUUUCUCGGUGAUUGUGAUAGAAGUACGGAAAACACCAGCACUCGAUCCGCGGCAAUCCAUCCGAAAAUGAAUCUAUCGUUUGCCGGCUGCGGUUUUCUCGGCAUUUAUCAUGUCGGUGUUGCGGUCGCCUUCAAGAAGUAUGCACCCCAUCUGCUGCUGCACCGCAUCAGUGGCGCAUCGGCCGGAGCGUUGGCCGCCUGCUGUCUGCUCUGCGACAUGCCAUUAGGAGAAAUGACGUCGGAUUUCUUCCGCGUGGUCAACGAAGCCCGAUCACAUUCGCUGGGCCCGUUCAGCCCACGGUUCAACAUUCAGACCUGCCUGCUGGAAGGGCUGCAAAAGUUUUUGCCACCAGAUGCGCACGAACGCGUCAACGGCAAGCUGCACAUCUCGCUGACCCGUGUGUACGAUGGCAAGAACGUGAUCGUUUCACAGUUCAAUAGCCGCGAGGAUCUUCUUCAGGCUCUCCUUUGUGCCUGUUUUAUUCCGGUGUUUUCGGGCCUGUUGCCACCCCGCUUCCAUGGCGUGCGGUAUAUGGACGGUGCGUUCUCCGAUAACCUUCCGACGCUGGACGAGAACACGGUGACGGUCAGUCCGUUCUGUGGGGAAAGCGACAUCUGCCCGCGUGACAAUAGCUCGCAGAUGUUCCACGUCAACUGGGCCAACACUAGCAUCGAACUGUCCAAGGAAAACAUCAACCGUUUCGGUCGCAUUCUGUUCCCACCGAAGCCCGAAAUACUGUCCUCCUUUUGUCAGCAGGGAUUCGACGAUGCGCUCAACUUCCUGCACCGGAACAAUCUCAUCAGCUGCACCCGAUGUCUAGCGGUCCAAUCGACGUUCGUCGUCGCUGAGCAACCGUCCCCGAACCUGGAGGAACAGAUCCUGGAAGAGUACGAUCCGGAGUGCAGCGAGUGCAAAGAGUGUACGCAGCAUCGAAAGAACGCGCUGGUGGGAAGCAUGCCCGACAAUGUGCUGACUGUGUUCCAGACGUACAUCGAGCAGGCAAACAAGGGCCUAAUCAACUGGGUGUUCCGUCAUCGGGGCGGCAAGCUGCUGACUGCGCUUUCCCUUCCGGCAAUUCUACCAGCCGAUAUCGUGUGUGCCACGCUGACUAAAUUGGCAACAUUGGCCGUCCCUGACCGGCAGCGUUUUCUAGCGCAGCUCGAGAACCGUCUAGCGUACCGGCUAAUGGGUGCGGCACCAUCGAUAGGCAAACAGAUUUGGGCCAUGAGCGAGUUUGUGCUGAAGAACUUAAACACGAUCCUGCUGAAGGUGCGACGGCGGCAAAAGCAACAGCUGACAGCGAACCUACAGUGCCAGAUUGCUCUCACGGAGUACAACCAAACCAUGGCACAGCAGCAUCACCAGCACAGUCAUCGCAGCUCGAUCAUCGACAUGCGAAUGGAUGAUGGCAAAACUUUCAGCAAAGAGAUCACCCCGACCUACACCUCCGGACACCAUUCGGCGAUGGGCGAUAUCGACGCAUUCGAUCACAUACUGCAAGUAUCCUCGCAUCACGACGCAAUGUACGCUUACUACUACAUGGACGAAGACAAUAAGGUUAAGGUAACGGAGAUAUUCGAUAUGAGCGAAAGUGACAAUCCUGCGCUACAAACUGCCAACGAGCUUGAGGCAAACCAGCAGCUGGAGUUCGAUACCGACUGGGAAACAACACAGCCAGGUACAGGCCGGAAGAAACGUUAUAGUUGGACGUCCACCAUGGCACAUUGUAUUUCCUCUACACCAACUCGUACGGUGGAGACAAUAUAAUUGACAUCGAAGAGUUGAUCGAUCCCAGCAUCUUCAUGACUGGCAACCAUCAUCACCUCAUGAGCGGCAACAACAACAACAACAACAACAACAACAACACUGGCGGCCUUAGCACGCUCUCACAGUAUCCGAUCAACCCGUGGGAAUGCUCGCAAGUACAAAUUGAAGAGCUGUCAACCGACUUCAACGAUCCCUCGCUGGAACCGGAAGCGGACCAGCAGACCAGCCUCAUGUCCGAAUCGGCAACGCUGCUGCUAAGCAAACCUCCCUCUUCGUACUCGAUCGAGAUGUAAACCAUCAGCGCUGGCUCUCGCAAUCUCAACGCUACACGGCCAUACAGUUGAUAGUUUGACGUGAACAGCAACCACGUGAUCGUGCGAAAAGCACAAGCUCGUCGCAUAUCACAACCGGAGAGAGGGAGAGGUAACCGGCAGGGACCUUACUCGUGUCUGGGCGACACAAAAAAAAAACACAAAAGUUACCGGAAUGAUAUUACCAUUUAGUAGCGACCAAAGUUACCUUCCUUUUCGAGCCUCCUCCUCCUCCCCGGAUUCGCGGGCUGGUUGCUUGGAGGCGCUUCAAAAGCCAAAAAAAGAAGCAAGCAGUGCCAAAUCGACGCGGGACAGGAAAGUGGUUCCGUGCCCCGAGGAAAGCGUGGAGUGCACACGAAACAAAACAAGUGGGACCAAGGAUGGGAGCUGCGACUCCGCCGCGCGUGGUUUCACAAGACUUACAGGUGAACUGAUGUUUACACGAAAACAAACAAAAAAUGUACAUGAGUAGUUUUCGGGAUGGAUAUAGUACGAUAGCUGCAAGCAGGGACAUGCAUAGGUUUGCACGUAGGCAGGAACCUAUUAGGAGUAGGGAAGGCACUUUCUUUUGAUUUAAAAAAAAAACAAAAUGCGGCUCCAUCGCGUGCACGGUUCGAAUAGUAUGGCCAAGAUGGCGUACAUAGAGUAUUUUAUUUUGAAUUAUGUACGACCGUCCGGAUCAGAGUAUGCAAUGGCGUGUUCGGUACCGGCUGACUGUAUGACAUUUGAUGGUUGGGACGAUCGUACGGUACGUAACUAAUUUUAACGUAGAAUAAUUCUUCCUUCUUUCACCAUCUCUCUCUCGAUUUCAUUCUCAACCAAUUGUUCUACCAUUCUCCUCUCCGCUAGCGAGGAGACCUUUUAAAUCGCAACGUCAACCAAAAACAAUACAAAUUGAUACUUUCAUUUUCUAAGACAGCUUUCAGAAAGAGGCAACUUUUAAACGGAUGUGAUUUUGAAUGCAAGUAUAUGUAAGAACGAAGAAAAAAAAAAGAAACGUUAGGUGGUGCGUAGUGGUUAUGGUUCGUUUUUAGCAACCGAUUAAUUUAUCAGCAUCCCCCAUUCCCCGCUUCCUCACUUCCGGCUCGUCGCCGUGUUCCUUUUUCUCGCCUCGUCGUCGUGAAUGAUAUUAAGAAGAAAAAAAAACGAAAAAAAAACAUGAUUUUCACAAAAGGCUGUGCAAUAGAAACAAAGCUGUUUUGUUUAAAUGAAUCCAGAGCAGAGGAGGUGAGCAGUAAUAGUACCUGUAGAGGGGGAUAGACGGCGCGACUAAACAAAAGGCGAUAUAGGAAAAGUUUUUUUUUGUGUAGCCGGUGUGAGAAGCGUUUGAUUCCGUUUCCGUGCGUGUCCCGAUGCCAUGUAAAAGCGAUAGAAAAAAGCAAAAUUAUUUAAACAAAAAAUGGCUCGAACAAACAAAACAAAACGGUAACGGUACCGGGGAGCGCUAGAAAGGGGGAAAAGGACCAAAAGCGUUAUCGACAAGGGAAAAUAUGUAUUUUUGAAACCUAGUGUGUACGAUUGAACGAUCCCCUUGUCCAUCAGUUCCUAGCCGAGGGAAAAACGCGUGACAUUUUGUUUAUUUAUACGGUUCGAUUUAUCGAUAGAAUAUAUUUUGCGCGAAAUAAAGAAACGAAACAGAA